AUGCGUCCGGCGCCCUCAGCCCCCAAAACGACGGCGUCCUGGCACUGGGACUCGCCAUUGCCGUACCUAUUCGCCGGUCUGGGACUCAUGCUGCUGCUGAUCACGGGCGCCCUCCUCGUGCUCGCCUGCUCCUACCGGAAGCGCCAGUCGCGCGAGGCGGAUUACGGCGGAGAUAAGCCGGCGCAGCCGCCCGUCGCCGCCUCCGGCGGCGGAGAUACGCCGAAGAUCGUGGUGAUCAUGGCCGGGGACGACAACCCCACGCAUCUCGCGGUUCCGAUCAAGGUUUAA